UCGAUCUGAAAGGAACCGAGUUUAUAAACAUAUGGAGAGAAUUCGUUUUUUAGCAUUUUGCAUUGGUAAAGAGUAAAUCUUUUUAUUAAUAUACUCAAAUGGGGGUGUUCAAGGAAAUUUUGGCGCGAUUUCCUCGUGGCGGACUUUCGUAUGUUUUCGCAUAUGGCAGCGGUGUCAAGCAGCAAGUUGGCUAUGAAAAAAUUUCCAAGCAAACAAAUAACGUUAUUGACCUGAUAUUCUGUGUACGUGAUCCUCUUGGUUGGCAUGCAGAAAAUAUUAAUCGUCAGGAAAGUCACUACUCAAUGCUGCACCUAUUGGGUCCCCGUUUCAUCAUGAACUACCAGGAGCAUUUAGGAGCUCGUGUAUACUUCAACACGUUAGUGCCUUUGCCCGACAUUGACGUAACUAUUAAAUAUGGCGUUGUCUCAAGAGAGCACCUACUGGAUGAUUUAUUGAAUUGGCGAUAUUUGUACCUUGCCGGACGUCUUCAAAAGCCUGUAAGGGAAUUGGUACCAACGAAUGGUGACGACGAAAUGAACGAAGCUUUGGCAAAAAACUUAAUCAGCGCAUUUCAAGUAGCAUUACUAUUACUACCAGAACAGUUUACUGCCUAUCAACUAUUCCACACAAUUUCUAGUCUUAGUUAUAAAGGUGAUUUUCGAAUGUUAUUCGGUGAGAAUAAGCAAAAGGUGCGGAAUAUUGUUCUGGCCCAAGAGAAAGAUUUCUUGGAUUUGUACUUUCCAGUAAUGCAAAAUUUAACGGACUAUGUUGCAGUUGAUUUCAAUGCUAAAGAAAUAGGCUCUGAUAAAACCAUUGUGCUGUUUGAACAGGACAAAUCGCUAUUAGCUAGAAUACAUCAUCUACGCAAUGCACCCAGUGAAUUACAAAGGCGUAUUGUGCAAAAUUCAGCCUUUAGAGGGGAUUAUAUGAAAAUUGUGCCACACUUGGCAGAGUCUCACAAUCUCCUCGAGCUGGUCCAAACUUCAGUAAAUGACAUAGUGUGGCGCAGCAGCAUCACUCAGUCAAUAAAGAACAUCCCCAGUGCAGGUCUCUUUAAAUCCCUUAUUUAUAGCUAUCGUAAGGCGCUUAAAACUUUUUCCUAGUCGCUCAACGUACACAAAUGAAACUAUGCCAAAGU